GAAUGUCCAACUUUGCAAAAGAGGCUGAAUUUAACACAGCUUCAUUUGGAGGUCCAGUCCAGGCCAUCCGAGCGAGCACAUUUAUGCAUGAACGCGUAGCACGUUUACAAAUACAGAAUUGUGGGACGCGCUUCUUUGGCCAGACGACGACAGAGCUGUGGACAGGCGGAGCAUCAGUCCAGACCGCAUAGUAAUAAUAACCCAUUCAUAAAUCACAGCGGACGCUGGAGCGCGCAGCACUACUGUCUGCUGAGGACAACACACAACACUGAAACCAUGCACUCCAUAAGAAAUUUCUUCUGUGGCCAGUGGAGCUCUUCAGUACGUCUGGAUGAAAAAACAGUCAUUAUCACAGGAGCGAAUACAGGCAUUGGCAAAGAGACAGCUAGAGACCUUGCGAGAAGAGGGGCGAGAGUCAUCAUGGCCUGUCGAGACCUCGAGAAGGCAGAGGCUGCCAGAAGAGAAUUAAUGGACAAUUCUGCAAACCAAAACAUUGUGGUGAAAAAACUUGAUUUAGCCGAUACCAAAUCCAUCAAAGCAUUUGCAGAGCUCAUAAACAAGGAAGAAAAGCAAGUCAAUAUUCUGAUCAAUAAUGCUGGAAUCAUGAUGUGCCCAUAUUCAAAAACAGCGGAUGGCUUUGAGAUGCAGUUUGGAGUAAACCAUUUAGAAAUUUCGGCUCUUGGUACCGGAAGCAGACCAGCAUCCAACACCUGUUCCACUCUAUUAACAAUGAUAUUGCCAUAAAACUUCCAUAUCUCUGAUCCUUUACGCUGUCGCACCAAGGACCCUUGAGUCAUAUUCAGAAAUGGCUAUCACAUCCAAUUUCAAUCCCGCAAUACACCCCACUAUAUCUGAUCUAACACUGCUGAAUGCUGAAACACUCGCCUUUUUCAUUAAGCAAAGCAAAACAGAUCAGAUAAGCAAAGGGCAUUUUAUUUACAUUUUUAACAUAUUUUCCCCACUCAGCCAUUCCAAACUCUCCUAGCUUUCUCCAUUCAAGGAGAGCAAAAGAGUCUGACCCACAUGCCCCACUUUUUACUGAUGACGCUAACCGUCCAGUAACCCGUUUUUGGUUUCAAAAACAUCUAAAAGAAGUCCUUCGCCUUUCGGGCUUUUCCCCCGAAUUGUAUUCCAGCCAUUCAUUUAGAAUUGGCGCAGCCACCACAGCAGCUCACAAAGGUCUAUCCCCACACCAAAUCCAGACCCUAGGCCGCUGGUCCUCCGAUGCCUUCAAAGCUUACAUUCGCCUCAGCCGAUCCCACCUCAAGACAGCCCAGCUAGCCCUAAUCAGCUAAAUUCCAAACUCCAACUAGGGGUACGAGCUCGACCCUAAGUAGGCUGGAGUACGUGUGUGUGUGUGCUUGCGUAUGGGUGCGCAUGGAAUGUGUGUGAUUGCUCGCGCAAAGACAGCGUGCGUUUGCACACAUACACAUGCAUGUUGCACGCAGAUAUGCAUGGGUACAGGUGUACGUCUAAGUAUGCAUAUGUGCGUGCAAACAAUGAGUAUGUGAACAUAGGGGCACUACAUGUUGUGCAGGUUGCAUGUAUGCUCUUAACUUUCCUUUCAAACCUACUAUGCUCCUUCCCUCACCAUGCUCUGACCCCCGCAGGGGUUCAAUCCGAAUUCGACUCUCGCGAGUCACCCCUAGCCCAUCCCCGGCCACCCCUUCACUACCACCCCCAGUAAGAGCCUGCACUACCCUCUCCCUCUUCCCGACUCUUACUGCCCCCCCCCCCAUAGCUCUGACCCCCGCAGGGGUCGCGCUGAGCUUCGACUCUCGCAAGAGUCACCAUUUGCGCCCCACCCAGGCCAUUAGAAAUGGUAUGUAUGCGCAUGUUAUACGCAUACAUCCGAUGUAUACCUGUACCGAUGCGUGUGCAUGCACAUGCCGAAACAGGAAUAGACGCACGUGCAUGCUCACGCACGCAGGUUAUCCCCUCUCUCCUUUUCUUCCUUUGGCGUCGAGUUCCUCCGCCCUCUCUUCCUUUCUCAUAGGCCAUCAAUCCUCAGCUCUAACUCCCGCAGGAGUGACUAAAACGAGCUUCGACUCUCGCAAGAGUCCCGCCCCGGCCACCCCCUGCUGCAGUCUCCACCGCCCCCUCCCUUUCCCAGACUUCAGCAGGGGAAAUGCCCACAGCAGCUCUGACCCCCGCAGGGGUCGCUCCGAGCUUCGACUCUCGCAAGAGUCAAUCACCACCCACGCCCGGCCCUUACCAUGUAAUAACCAUAUAUAUUCAUAUAUAUUUAUAUAUGCAUAUAUACUUCUAUAUUCUCCUUUUCUUCUUUCUGGCGUUGAGAUUCUCCGCCUGGCAAUUAUUUGCCCCUUCUUUCUUCCUUACAGCGUGAGUGCUUCCGCUACUUUUACCCUUCUCUGAU